UUCGGAACCAAGGAGCACAAGAGCAACGAGUUUAUUUUUAGUUUGUUUUCAGACUAUCAUUUCAUGACACCCAAAGUGCGAGGAUGACAGCAACAAGUCCAUGCCAUUUGGACAGUAACGCCUCUCCAUCGUUGAUGGGGAAGUGCCAUAUGCCUCACAUGCCCGAGCAGAUGGCUGGCCCGCAGAUGGCUGGCCCAAGCCGGCCGGGCUCGAGAAGAAGGGCGGUUUGGGGAGCUGCCCUGGCGGUGAUGAUAGCGAGCCAAGCAGGUGAAGCAGGUAGAGCCUUUGGCUUUCACAAAGAGCACCAUGCUCCUCCAGCACCUCCAGCACCUCCCCCAGCUCCUGCUUAUGAGUAUGCUUGGAUUUGUGCUGCUGGAGUUUUGUGCAUUCUUCUCAUCAUGUGGUACUAUGCACGCAGGAACAGCUUGCGGCGGCCCUACAAACUGCCGGACUUGUCGCCCUCCAAAGGUGGCCAAGUGGCUGAUGCCGAGGCCGAAUUCCGACGCAUCGUUUGCUUUCUGCAGGAUGAACUCUUGAUCCCCAUUAAUGCUCGGAUGCCUGGCCGGCCCUUUGAGUAUGAUAUGCACUCUUUCCCUUUUACUCCCAUGGUCUUGGUCAUUGGCAACCACUCCUCUGGCAAGUCAACCUUCAUCAACAAGUUGUUGGGUCAAGAGGUGCAAGACACGGGUGUCGCUCCGACGGAUGAUGGUUUCACCAUUCUGGAGCGAAGGACCACCACUGAAACAGAGGAUGGUCCCACGGUCCUUGGCUGUCCUGAGAAUCGACCCUUCUCGGACUUGCAACGCUUUGGACAGAUCUUUUCGGGCGUCUUGAGGAGGAAGCGUCUCAUUCUUCCUCCAUCCUCUCAGAUGCCAUUCAAGCUGCAGAUCGUCGACACGCCAGGCAUGAUCGACUUGCCAGUGAAUGAGAACAGCUUGAGCGAGGCGAGGGGACGGGGUUACAACUUCGUGGAGGUGGUUCGAUGGUGGGCGAAGCGAGCAGACUUGAUUCUGCUGCUCUUCGAUCCGGACAAACCGGGGACCACCGGAGAGACGUUGGACGUGCUCACAAAAGCAUUAUCUGGUCUGAAUCACAAGUUCCUUGUGAUCCUCAACAAGGUGGACAAGUUGGACAACAGUGUCGACUUCGCUCGGGCCUAUGGAGCCUUGGGAUGGGCCUUAUCCAAGGUCAUCAAGCGCAAGGACAUUCCACCGAUCUACACCAUGUUCAAUGAAGGCAUGGAAGCUCCAGCAGGGCACGAAAGUCUACCACUGGAGAAGUUUGUGAAGAAGAGAGCCGAGGUCAUUCAGGAAGUGCUCCGAGUACGAGAGCGACAUAAUGACAACAUCAUCACCUCCUUGGAAGAAACACUCCGACAGAUGCAGAUGACGGCUCGGAUUGUGGAUUCAAUCCGAUGGAAAGCGCGACGCAGCUACUGGAAAGUUCUAUCCCUGGUGAUGCUCAGCCUCGGUGCUGUGGCCUACAUGCUGUCUAGAAUCAUGCAGGUAGCGGCUGAUAAUAUCUCCCAGAAAGCUGCCGAGGCAGCUGCAGAGGCAGCUCACGCCCGGGCAGAGCAGAACAAAUCCCGCUGGCGGUUCUUGCGACACAGAGCUGAGCCAUUUCCCGUUCUCAAUGAAGAGGUAGAGGAGAGCGACCCAUUCGGCUUCAAGGUGUAUUUCAUAGUGAUCACCUUGUACCUUCUCUUCUGCAGUGGGGUGAUUAGAUUCUUUUGGGACUACUAUGCUCAGUCACAGAAGGAACUCUAUAUGACUGUGGACUCCACGUUUGAAGAGGUGUUCCACGAGAAGUUCAUCCACGACGAGGCAGAGGAUUUGCGAUACCGCUGGGGCGUGGUUCGGCAAAAGGUUCUGAACAUUCUGCAGGCCACGUGGUUCUACCCUUGGUUGCCGUCGACCGCAGCAUGGGAGCAUCGAAGAAUCAAUGAGGCCAUGCAGAAGGACGUCUUCUAUUUGCGUCAGUUGGCUCGGCAGUUGCGCCAGCCGGCACCCAAUCCAGAAACUGGGAAAUAGAUGGACAUAGCGAUGGACAUAGCAAGUUCUGCUUGCUUGGAAGAGCUCCAAUAGAUGCAACAAUUCGUUUAGGUCAGAGGCCAAAAAGACGCCAGCACAAAGACUCUGCCGACUGAGGAAGCUCAACUCCAUUCAUUUUUGGGAGUUGCUGACGAUUCUGAUGGCUUCGCAAAGAGUUUAUGUGCCAAUUCGGCUCGGGUGGCCCUGACUAUGAAUCUCUAGCUACGCGGACAAAAGCA